GAAACACUCGAGUAGACACACGCAAAUUAUCAACAGAUGACUCGUCGACAGACAAUGAAAAAACUGUUGAAUCCAAUUUGCACCCUGUGGCUGCAUCACAAGAAUCACCAUUGCGCAUUCAAAAAGUUACCGACGAAACAGUCGAGGACAGCAUCAAAGAUUUAGAAACUUUAGAUCCCAGCAAAGCCCGCGCUACGAUCAUAUUUGAAAGCGACGAUGAGGAGUCUGUACUGUAUAUCGAUGAGAAUAAAGUUCAAAGUGAUACAGAAGGACAGCGAAGAGCGAGCUACAACGACGACGUAGAGAUGGAAAUCAGAUAUCCUCUAAGCAGAUUAGGAAAGAGGAAAUUUAAAGACGAAGAAACUGACGAUACUAAACCACUGAUUUUCGGAUACAGUCACGAUGAAAUACAAAAUCAAUCUAGUGAAGAUAGGAAGGAUAAUAUUAGUUUGCAAAUAAUACAAAAUUGUAAGGAAAAUAUCAUGAAUGAUCUCGAUAGUCUUAAGAAGAAAGAGGACAGCGAUAGUGAUGGAAGAGCAAAAAAGUCAAGGAUCAAAAUAAUGUUCGAAGACGGCUCGUCAUCGGACGAGCUCGACGUUCACGAGACGAAACAAUCCACGGAGAAUUCUAAAGUGGACGUGAAACUAUUGAUGCAAACACGCGUGCUCCUCACUAGGAUCCCCGCAUCCCAGCUCGCGCUCUACCAGUUGAAAUCGGCACAAUCAGAGCCGAAGGAAAUUCCGUCUAUGAAGAAUAUCCGACUUCCGAACGACCAACAGAAGGGAACUACUAGAUACAUGGAGUGGCGCGGGGGAGAGCGCGUGCUACCAGUCGCGCAGGUGGCGCCACAUACGCACACGCCACCCGAGAAAGACGGUGUAUGCACGAGACAACAACUCGCUGACAGAAUACGCGCCGAAGUGAAACGUAGAACCGAUUUGAGUCGUACAGAGUCAACGUGUUGUGUGGCCCGUGAUUGUAUGAACCAUGUGGAGAUCUUUUCGCCAUACUCCGUCAACAGUGCGACCCUGCCCACUCCACUCACCAUGCACAAGGCUCAACACAAACUCUCGUGUGAUUGUUGCUGCCUGUGGCUGAUACGAGACAAUCCUUGCACGCCCGCCGCCUUACUGCAGGCCAAGAAUGUCGUCAGACGAACGCUGAUAGACCUUACUAUGAAACCUGAAAGUAAAGACAACGGAAAAGACAAGGUUAUUAAUAAUUCACUUAAAGAAAUAGCAGAUUUACCAUCAGAUGACGACUUUGAUACACUAGUUAUAGAUGAAGGUGAACUUCCGCAACAGAAAUCGAGCAAGAAUAAAUCGGCUAAAUGUGCUGAUAUAGAAAAAAAACCUCAAAGCAAGCGUAAUAAGUGUUCUAUUAAGCAGCCUAGUCGACCUUAUACAAGGAAAAAGAAGAAACGCCCUCCCUCUAAUUCAAAUGAAGACGACGCUAAAUGUAGUUCAGGCGAUGUAGACUACGAUGAAUGGAUGCGGCAAAGAAAUAAAUGUAUAAAAUAUUUCACUAUUAACCCUAUAACCGUCACAAAAAAAGGAGUGUCGACGUCACCUCAUCGAUUUAAAAAUACAAACGGGGCACAGAAAAAGAAAAAAGUAUGUGUGAAAAAAACAGUUUCGAUGCGACAAGAUUCAAGUGCAGCUUUGGCAAAAGAUCCAACGAAAAGGACGACAAAUCCACAGAUAGCUUCCGAAGGUACUUCAAACCCGAUCAGUGUCAAAGUUAAUCUGAAGAAGAAAGAAACCCGGGACGAAAUUCGUAUGAUAUUUUUUCACGAAACACAAUCUGAUGAUACAAAAAAAUCUAAAGAUGACACUGAAACGCCGCCCACUUUAAAUGUUAAAGAAAAAACCGAAAUUGAAAGUGGUGUGUCGGCGUCACCUCGUCGACAAAGUACAAACGAAGCACAGAAAAAUAAAAAAGUAUAUGUGAAAAAAACCGUUUUGAUGCGACAAGAAGGUGCCGAAGAAAAAAUCAUGAAAUGUAAGAAAGAUCCAAUGGCAGUUUUGGCGAAAGAUCCAACGAAAAGGAGGAGAAAUCCACAGAUAGCUUCCAAAGGUACUUCAAACCCGAUCAACGUCAAUAUUAAUCUAAAGACGAAAGAAACACGAGACGGAAAUCACAAGAUAUUUUUUUACCAAGCACAACCUGAUGAAGAAUCUGAUCAUGAUACUGAAACGCCCCUCACUUUAAAUGUUAAAGAAAAAUCUGAAAUUAAAAGAGCGAAUGGUGUUGAAGCCGAAAUAUCGGCAGGGUCGUUAGAACAUGAUCCUGAUGUUAUCGUGAAGAGGGAGAGAGACAAGUUUCCUCUCUCACUCGAUGACAGUUCAUCUGAGAUUUGGAUAGAGCUUGACAGCGCACCGAUAUCUGGUCCGAGAGGAACCGUCACAGCUGAUUUGAAACACGACCCAGAUGUUUCUACAUGCAAGAUUCCACCAGUGUUGAGUAAGUUCAACGCGAGACGCAAGAUGGCGCCACAUAUUGAACAUACACCUCCGGACGUGCUGCGAGCCAUCAUGAACACUAAUAAAAAACCCUCGAUACAAUCACACGUGCUUGACGACUGA